AAUCUCCAAGAUCAUGUCAAGCUCCUACCUGCGAGGCCUCAACAUGGUCUCUUUCUUUGCGGCCAGUAAGAUCAUAGUCUUCAUCACCUUCGCCGUCUACGUCCUCCUGGGGAACACCAUCUCAGCCAGCCGGGUGUUUGUGGCAGUGUCUCUGUAUGGUGCCAUCAAGAUCACAGUGACCCUCUUCUUCCCACAGGCCAUCGAGAAGGUGUUCGAGACCAUCAUCAGUAUCCGCAGGAUCAAGAAUUUCCUUCUGUUGGAUGAGAUUGAGAGACCCAACAUGAGAUUCACCUUGGAGGAAAAGAAAGACGCCUCUGUUGAGAUCAAGGACUUAAUUUGCUACUGGGACAAGUGUCUGGACGCCCCAUCUCUCCAGAACCUGUCACUCACAGUGAAGUCGGAGCAGCUCGUUGCUGUCAUUGGACCUGUGGGGUCUGGAAAGUCCUCUCUGCUCAGCGCCAUUCUGGGGGAGCUGCCUCACGACAAGGGCGUGUUGAGGGUCAAAGGUCAGCUGACCUACGCCUCCCAGCAGCCCUGGGUGUUCCCUGGAACCAUCCGCAGCAACAUCCUGUUUGGCAAAGAGCUCCAUCCUCAGAAGUAUGAGAAGGUCCUGAGAGCCUGCGCCCUCAAGAGGGACAUGGAGCUGCUGCCAGACGGGGACCUGACAGUGAUAGGGGACAGAGGAGCCACCCUCAGUGGGGGACAGAAAGCUAGAGUGAACCUGGCCCGGGCUGUGUACCAGGAUGCUGAUAUCUACCUGCUGGACGACCCUCUAAGUGCUGUGGAUGCUGAGGUCGGGAGACACCUGUUUGAACAGUGUAUCUGUGGUAUUCUGAAGAAUAAGCCCCGCAUCCUGGUCACCCACCAGUUGCAGUACCUCCAAGCAGCCAACCAGAUCCUCGUCCUCAAGGAGGGUCACGUGGUAGCGAGGGGGACAUACUCCGAGCUGCAGCACUCUGGGGUUGACUUCACCUCCCUGCUGAAGAGGGACGAGGAGGAGAAGCCACAAACCAACAACAAUCACUCAGUGGUCAAACACGCCUUUUCCCAGAACUCAAUUUCCUCCCGGAAUUCAUUGGUCUCCCAGACCUCCUCCAUGCACUCUGUUAAAGAUGGAGCUGAACAGCUUCCGGAGGAGCCUGUCCAGACAGUAGCAGAGGAGAGCCGAUCGGAGGGCAACAUCGGCGCCAGCCUAUACUUCAAGUACUUAAACGCAGGAGCCAGCAUCCUGGUUAUGCUGGGCACAGUCCUCCUCAGUCUCAUCGCGGAGGUAGCGUAUGUUCUUCAGGAUUGGUGGCUAGCCUAUUGGGCAGGAGAGCAGGAGAAACUCAAUAUUAACAGCACUGUGAUUGUCCACAACGGCCUCAACAUCACUCAAGAAUUGGACCUCAGUUUCUACAUGGGUAUUUAUGCAGGUUUGACUCUGGCCUCAGUCAUCUUUGGCUUUGCCAGGAGUCUGGUGAUGUUCAAUGUGCUGGUGAAAGCUGCUCAGUCUCUGCACAACCGCAUGUUCAACUCUAUCCUCCGGACACCUGUACGCUUCUUUGACAUCAACCCAAUUGGAAGAAUUCUCAACAGGUUCUCUAAGGACAUCAGCCAGCUGGAUUCCAUGUUACCUAAUACCUUUGUUGACUUCAGUCAGUCGAUCCUGCAGAAUAUCGGCGUAGUGGUGGUGGCAGCCUCAGUCAUGCCCUGGAUCCUCAUUCCUGUGGUUCCUCUACUCAUCGUCUUCCUGUUCCUGAGGCGCUACUUCCUGCAGACGUCACGGGACGUCAAACGCCUGGAGUCCACCACUCGGAGUCCCGUCUUCUCCCACUUGUCCUCAUCCCUCCAAGGUCUGUGGACGAUCCGAGCCUUCAGAGCCGAGGAGAGAUUCCAGAACACCUUUGACGCUCAUCAGGAUCUGCACACAGAGUCCUGGUUCCUGUUCCUGGUCACCUCUCGCUGGUUCGCUCUCCGACUGGAUGGAAUCUGCGCGGCCUUUGUCACUGUCACCGCCUUCGGCUGCCUCUUCCUCAGAGAUGGGCUGGAGGCGGGAGCUGUGGGUUUGGUGUUGUCCUACGCUGUCACCCUUCUUGGGAACUUCCAAUGGACCAUUCGUCAGAGUGCAGAGAUGGAGAACAUGAUGACGUCAGUGGAGAGGGUGGUGGAGUACACAGAGCUGGAGAGUGAAGCACCCUGGGAAACCCAGAAGCGUCCUCCCCCUGAGUGGCCGAGCCAAGGCCUAAUCACCUUUGACUGGGUGAACUUCUCCUACAGCUCAGAUGGACCUGUGGUCCUAAAGGACAUUAAGGCCAUGUUCAGGCCCAAAGAGAAGGUUGGCAUCGUGGGCAGGACAGGUGCGGGGAAAAGCUCCCUGGCAUCGGCUCUCUUCCGCCUGGCAGAGCCAGAGGGCAGGAUCUACAUCGAUGGAGUUCUGACCUCUGAGAUCGGCCUUCAUGACCUGCGCCAGAAGAUGUCCAUCAUACCUCAGGACCCAGUGCUUUUCACCGGCACCAUGAGGAAGAACCUGGACCCUUUCCACCAGCAUACAGACGAGGACCUGUGGAACGCUCUCCAAGAGGUCCAGCUGAAGUCUGCGGUGGAGGAGCUGCCCAAUAAGAUGGAGACGGUUCUUGCCGAGUCGGGCUCCAACUUCAGUGUGGGUCAGAGGCAGCUGGUCUGUCUGGCUCGAGCCAUCCUGAGGAAGAACCGCAUCCUCAUCAUCGACGAGGCCACGGCCAACGUGGACCCCAGAACAGACGAGCUGAUCCAGAAGACAAUACGAGACAAAUUCAGGGAGUGCACUGUGCUCACAAUCGCCCACCGCCUCAACACCAUCAUAGACAGUGACCGCAUUCUGGUGAGAGCUCUUCCCAUCAAAUAG